CAGCAAAACUUGGAGAACGGGCGCGAAAUGUCGUACGAUCGAAGCCUCGACGACUUGGUCGACUCGAUGGAGCGACGGCAGCGCAGCCAGGACGACUCCUCGCAGCGCCACCCUCGCAGUGCCGUGGCAGAUCACGACGGACUCCUCCAUGGCAAUCCCAACGACCGCAGCCAUUACGCGCGCGGCGGCAACGGGGAGCAGGUUGACGCUGAUCGUCGACCGCGUCGCAGCUGGGCCGGAUCGCGAACCCGGUCGAGAUCAAGGUCAAGGUCAAGGUCAAGAUCAAGGUCAAGGUCAAGGUCAAGGUCGCCGUCUGGCCGCUGGACGCACGAUCUGGCCGAGACGCAGCAGCAGCAGCAGCAGCAGCAGCAGCAGCAGGGUGGCUUCCGGCGUUCGUACUACGAUCGCGAUCGACCCGACACCCGCGACGACGACGAGUACAAUGACUAUGAUAACGACCGAGAUCACAGAGGAGGCAAGGUCCGGCGGGAUCGCCGCGAAAGCGAAGGACGCGACAACAACGACAAUGGCGAAGGCUCAGACUUGGACGACAAUCCGUACUCGGAAGCGUUUCGCAGGGCAAAGCGACGCGAACGCGAUCGAGAUCGGAGCGAAGAGGACGAAGAACGCCGUCAGCGAGGUGGACGGCAGAACAAAGUGGCAUCGGCUGCCAUCGAGCAGGCCCUGGCAUUGUCAGCAGCAUACUCAAAGAGCCACACGCAGGCACCUUCGUCGGUUUCUGGAUACGAGUUUGACGCAAAGCUUGGCUUGUAUGUUCACGCCACCACGGGCAUACACUUCGACCCUUCAUCGGGUCUGUACACUGAUCCGCGCACUGGAAGUCAGUUCAUGUACAAUGCUACCGCCGGCGCCUAUCAGCCUGUCGGGGCAGAGACGUCCACGGCAGGCGAGUCUGCAGCUUCCGCAUCGACACCCUCGACAGCGAAUCCUACCCCUGCACCAGUGGCAACCAAGCCCAAGAAGGCUUCCGAACCCUUGACUGGUGUCAUGCUGGCAAACAAGAUUGCAAAAGACAUGGAAAAGCAAAUGAAAAAACAACAGGAUCAGAUGCGAACAGUCACCCAGCCUUCAACGGCAAGCGCUUCUCAGCCUGUUGGCAUGCUGCGGCUCCCGGCAUCCACAGUACAUGCUCCAAGCUACCAGCCAAUGGACCCAAAUGCGCCUCCGGUCAUCCCUGUCUCUAGCCAAAGCACCGGCGCCGCCACCGGAUCUCUGAGUGGCAACUGUCCGGAAGAUUUGGUGCAGGCCGUCCAAGCAGAUAUUAACAUGACGCGAGUCGACUGGGACAAGCUUGCGUGCUUGCUCUGCAAGCGAAAGCUUCCGACGCGUGAAGUGCUGGAAAAGCACGUCCAUCAAUCCGAGCUGCACAAGACGUCGCUUCAGGCCGAAACCGAGCGCGUGUUGGCGGAAAUGGAGGCUGACGAAAAAGCCGGCUACCGUGAUCGCGCCAAGGAACGGCGGACCUUGCACGGCGAGCCAGACCGGCCACCAGGUGUUCCUGCCAAUCGCUGGGGCGCCGCCGCUCGUGCCGCCGCCGCCGCCGCCGCCUCUCAUGAGCCACAGCAGCCGAUCGUUCAGCCGACCAAGGACGGCAUCAAAGAAGACAACAUUGGCAAUCGCAUGCUGCAAAAGAUGGGCUGGACGCAAGGCAGUGGCUUGGGCAAAGAGCAGCAAGGAAUGGUUGCGCCGAUCGAGACGCAGCUUCGUCGCGCGGGCGCUCGAUUGGGCGCAGCCGACGCGGACGUCGUAGCGAUGCCAGGCGACUCGUACCGAGACACUGUGCGACGGAUGGCCAAGCAUCGGUUCCAAAACAUGACAGCGGCCGAGUCAAAUCGUGCCGCGCAACGCGUGGAAGACGAUCCUGAUGAUGAACAACGCCCAGCCUUCUCGUCAUAGAGUUGGAAAGAAAUGAAUUUUUGGUCUAUUCUUGCAAAAAAAAAAAAGGACUAAUAGGAACAAAAUCAUGGAACAAGC